AUGGUCAAUGUCUCUAGCAAUACGGCUUUUAUUGAGGAGGAUGCUACUGUUGGGGAUAGGGAGGUUGAUGAGGAGAAAUGGCGUGAUGAGGUGGACAGGCUCACAGAUGCUCUGAAGGAGUCUCGGGGAAGGUUGGCAGCUGCUUGGGAGGAAGGCGAGAGGCUUGCGGGGCUACUAGAAGAGGGUAAAGAGAGGGCCGAGGUGUUCAUGAGGCAGAGGGAUGGGGAGAGGAAGGGGAUGCGGAUGAUGAUAGACGAUCUGGAGGAGGAGUUGGAGCGGUAUAAGACCUGUCUGGCGGAGCGGGAGGCGACGGAGGUAGAGGCUAUCACGGAGGCUAUACUGAAGGAUGCUACGGAGAGUGCGAUCACUAUGGCGGUGGCGAGGGAAAUGGGGAAGUCUAGUGAGGGUCUGAGGAUGGGCCUGGAGGAGAUGCGGGGUAAACUAUGUGUGGAGUGGGGGGCCAGGGGGUGCCUCGAGGAGACCAACAGAAGGCUGGAGAUGAUGUUGAGGGAGGCCCAGGGGGAAGGGAUGGAGAUACGACACCAGUGUGCUGAGCUGAAGGCGGCAGUAGAGCGUUCAGAGCGGGAACGGGAGAGUGUUUCGAUG